AUGAGGAUCGCGAUGAUCCAUGCAUAUCAAUAUUUAAGAAACUUGAGAAAUCUGUGUGAUGAUCCUCAGCAUAGUUUGCCGGAUGUCUUCAUCUGGAUGAUCGCCGGCUCGAAGCGAGUCGCUUAUUCACGACUGUCAGCCGAGCAGAUCAUCUACUCUGAGGAAGCGAUCGAAAUGGGCGGGAAAUGCGGCCGGCUAGUCAAUCUAUUCCCGAGGAAUCCGGACGACGAAAGGGAACCUGUCGAAUACAGCGCCUGCAAAAUCGAGGCAUUUUUGUGGCUUGGCAACGCGAAGUACGCCGCGGCGUGUUGGAGCGCGAUUCCGCCGGGAUACGAGAUCGAUCACGGUAGAAACGUCGACACCUUCCCGAAAUACAUCGAGUACAAUCAGUCCUCGACGUUCCAGUUACGAGCCCACAUAUUCCAAGGUCGCUUUGAUCCGGGAAUGGACGUUUCCGGUCUGCUAGACUCGUUUGUACGCGUCGUAUUUCGGGGAUACAUGGCCUCCACGCAGGUGAUAAAACAAAGUUUAGAUCCGUUUUGGGACCAGACGUUAAUUUUUCCUCCCAUUAUUUUACACGGUACUAAGGAGUAUAUUAAGUUUCUACCACCUGAAGUCAUUUUGCAGGCUUUCCAGAAGGAUUUAUAUGGCACGAGAGAAUUCUGUGGCAGAUGUAUCGCGGUGCCAUUAGUGAAACUCGCCACGGAAACUUACUCGCCGCCUGAUUUUCCACCGAAAUUAGAGUGGUACAAAUUCCAGUCGCAAAAAGAUUGCACUGGUUCAGUCCUCGCAGCUUUUGAGCUGAUAGAAGUGAAGACCAAAGAGAUUUCGGACGUACCGACAUCGGUGGAGGACAAGAUUUACAGCAUCCCACCGGAUAUCAGACCGAAAAUGACGAGCUACAGGCUGGAGGUGAUCUUUUGGGGUGUACGAGACAUGAGGAAGAUAAAUACACCGGUACGCAAGCCGAGAAUUAUAGUGGAGUGCGCUGGAGUGCACAUCAAGUCGGAGGUGAUGGAGAACGCUAGGAAAUUCAGCAACUUUGAGCAACCGCACAUUAUGAUUGAGCUGGUAAUUUCAAAAUUAUCUCGAGAAUGGCUAAUUAGCAAACUUGCGCAUAACAUACUGCUUGCGCGAGGUCACAGAUCAAAGGAUACAAAAAUUAAAAUAAACUUACUUAUAUAUGAGUCGAAAUUCAUGCAGAAAUUUCAGCUGGCGAAACGGCAGACGGCGAUAAUAUUACCUUUGCCGAUCGAUUAUAGUUCUUCAAAGGAGGAGAGCAAAGGUCUCAUUCCAUAUAAGAGGAUGGCUGCAACCGACAUAUACUCCAAGUUGAAAAGACUGCUUGUAAUCACGAAGAGGAUAUUAAAAUUCAAGUUCAUCACCAAGAGAAAGAAAGUGGAAAUUUAUAAAGACAGCGGUGACGAAACUCUCGAUUGGUGGAGCAAAUAUUUUGCCUCCUCCAGAAAUCAGAUCUAUUCUACGGAGCUGGAGAUGCAGCCGCAAUUCGAGGGGUUUCAAGACCGACUCCGCACUUUCGAAUUGUGGCGCGGAAGAAAGGGUGAAAGUCCCGAGCACGGAAGCCCCGGAGAUAAUUAUGCUGGUAAAUUUAAGGGACAUAUUUCUGUAUACCAGUGGCCGCAUCCUGAUAAUCUUCCGUGCAAAACGAGAAGCGGGAGAGACGCGGCUAAUGGCCUGUGCAACGAUUAUCCGCCUCAAGAGCCUGUUAAGCUCCUCGUUAGACUCUACGUUGUAAAGGGCAUUAACUUACAGCCUAAGGAUCCUCUCAGCGGCAAGUCCGACCCGUAUCUCCGCGUGAAGCUGGGAAAAAAUUCUAUCAGCGACAGGAAGAAUUAUAUACCCAAUCAAUUGAACCCUACGUUUGGGCGUGUGUUUGAAUUCGAGGCGACCUUCCCACAAGAUUACAUGUUAGAGAUUCAAGUGUGGGACUUCGACGCCACGACGGCCGACGAUCUGAUCGGUGCGACGCGAAUCGACAUCGAAAAUCGAUUUUACAGUCGACACCGGGCACACUGUGGAAUCGCAAACGCAUACAGUACCACCGGUUACAACGCUUGGAGGGAUCGCGAGAGACCGACGCAGAUUCUGGAACUCCUCUGCAGGAAGAACAAUCUACCGCCACCGGAAUACGGAGAACGCGAGAUUAAGAUCGGCAAGCAGUCAUUUCCCUUUCAUGCCGUGAUCGAACGCGAAGGUGAAGUAG